CAGAUAGCGUGUUGGUCUCACUCAGAGUUACUUGGCAGCUCCCAUGCACUGAUUAGGCCGGACGAAGCUCCAGCCACAGUGAUCAUGGAGCCCCUACAUGUUAUAUGAGAUCCCCCCACAUGAUCUGAGGACUCUACUGCUGGAACACAUCGCCCUGCCCCCUGCAGCCCUUAGGGAGGAGGAGGCUGUGCUGAGGCCAGGAAGGAGCUUGGGAGCCGGGAGCCACCAUGGAGCAGAUCUCAGCCCUGGAGAAGAAUGUGGCCGAGCUCACAGUUAUGGAUGUGUAUGACAUCGCCUCUGCAGUGGGACAGGAGUUCGAGAGGGUCAUAGACCAGUAUGGCUGCGAGGCUAUAGGCAGGCUGAUGCCCAAAGUGGUGAGGGUCCUGGAGAUCCUGGAGGUAUUGGUGAGCAGCAACAACAUUAAGCCUGAGAUGGAGGAGCUGAGGCUGGAACUGGACAGACUGAGGCUGGAGAGAAUGGACAGGAUAGAGAAAGAGAAGAAACACCAGAAGGAGCUCGAGUUAGUGGAGGACGUAUGGAGGGGAGAAGCACAGGACCUUUUGGGUCAAAUAGCUCAGCUUCAGGAGGAGAACAAGCAGCUCCUGUCAAACCUCUCUUUGAAGGAUGGAAAUUUCACAGAGGAGGAGUUCCAGAAGCAUGAAGGCAUGUCUGAGAGAGAGAGAGAAGUAAUGAAAAAGUUGAAGGAAGUUGUGGACAAACAGAGGGAUGAGAUAAGAGCCAAAGACCGAGAACUUGUACUCAAGAGUGAGGAUGUAGAAGCCUUACAACAGCAACAGAACCGCCUCAUGAAAAUUAAUCAUGACUUGCGGCAUCGUAUUACGGUGGUGGAAGCUCAAGGGAAGUCAUUGAUUGAACAGAAGGUAGAGCUGCAGGCCUAUCUACAAACUAAGGAGCAGGAAUCCAGUAACAUGAGAACAGAGAUUGUCAAACUGAGGGAACGGCUGAAUGGAGACCAGCAACCAAAUGGAGAGGAGAAAAAGACGGAAGCCAUAAAUGAAGACUCUAUUUUUGAUUCAGAUAGAAUGUCCUUGGACCUUAAAGACUCAAAUCGGCCUAGAUUUACAUUACAAGAACUGCGAGAUGUUUUACAUGAACGAAAUGAGCUGAAAGCCAAAGUUUUUAUGCUGCAAGAAGAACUUGCUUACUAUAAAAGUGAGGAAGCAGAAGAGGAGAACAAAAUUCAACAAACAUCACCCAUAAUUAACCCCAAAACACCAUCCCCUCAGGAGUCUGGCAUCAAACGCCUCUACGAAUCCUACCCAGCAUACAAUUAUUUGCUUGUUUUUACAUCCUGGCUUUUCUGUCUGCUCUCUCUGAUGGUAUUCUCCAGGUUUAGUUUUUUCUCAAGGGAUAAGAAGCGGAUGCCGAUGACACAGAGACAUGUUCAGUUUCAGGAAUCUUUUGGCGUCUGGGCUGAUUACAACAGAGAUGACGACUUUACGGAACAAGGACAAGAAGCCUUACAGCACAUGUGACAAAAAAGACAGAUUAUGUUUAGCUGGUGAUAUUUUGCUUUGCCGUACAUGCCAGACGAACACAUUUCGCACAUAUAUAAUGCACAAUGAUUUUUCCAUGGAAAAAGAAAAUCCUAAUUUUUCAGGUUGGACAGUGACCCAGAAGUAAAUGCUGAGAGAAUUAGUGAAUUAAAACCAAGGACAAUAACAUUUAGUAGCAUUUUAUACACUAAAUAAGAAAACUACAAGAAAGGAAAAAAAAAAAUGAAAACUCAAGUGCCAUUUCUAUAUAUUUUUUUCUUUUCCUAUCUUAUUUUUAUUUUUUUUCAGCUAUAGUAACGGCAGAUCUGCAGCUAUAGUAACGGCAAUCAAAUGAAUGGUUUGUCUGCUUUGAGAUGUUCUAUUAAAUAGUGAGCAUUACCACCUAUGGGCAAAAAGCUGACUUGGAAGCAAGUUAAGCUCGGCCAAUUAUCUUCUGUUUUCUCUAACCUGUACAUGUCAUUAAGGAAACAUUGUACACUUCUAGAGUGUUAUACAUUAUUAAUUUUAUUAUUUUAUAUAUUAAACACUAACAGGAUAUAAAGUGGCAAUCGGUCUGAUACACUCAAAUACUGCUGUAAUUGUACAUUAGACUGGAGUUACCAGUAACCACAUCAAGCUAUAAGGACUAUGAAGCAUGGUAUGAUUUACAAUUCCAUCGCCUGUUAUCAAGUUGUAGGAAUCACAAAGCAAGAGAUGAUGAAUUAUUGUGAGGGCAAACUGCAACUGUAUCCAUAGUUGGGAUGCUUGUGUAUUUAUAGCCUGUUGCUGCAGUAAGAAUGUCUGAUUAGACCUGCCCUGCUAUUGAUUGCAAUAACUAAUAUUGGAGGAAGAAUGGGAUGAGUAUUAUUAGAUUUCACUUAUAUCAUUCAGCAUU